AUGGUGCGUGGCCGUAUCUCGCGGCUCUCGGUCCGGGACGUGCGCUUCCCCACGUCGCUUGCGGGCCACGGCUCGGACGCCAUGCACACAGACCCUGACUACUCGGCUGCCUAUGUCGUAAUAGAGACGGAUGCCGAAGAUGGACUCAGAGGAUGUGGAAUUACCUUUACUCUGGGGAAAGGCACUGAAGUGGUUGUCUGUGCUGUAAAGGCACUUGCCCACCAUGUGCUGAACAAGGCCCUUGGGGACAUUGUCGGUGACUUCAGGGGCUUCUACAGGCAGCUCACCAGUGACGGGCAGCUCCGAUGGAUUGGUCCGGAGAAAGGCGUUGUGCAUCUGGCUACAGCAGCCGUGCUGAAUGCCCUGUGGGACCUGUGGGCCAAGCAGGAGGGAAAGCCUUUAUGGAAGUUACUUGUUGACAUGGACCCUAAGGUGCUGGUGUCCUGCAUGGAUUUCAGGUACAUCUCCGAUGCCCUGACUGAGGAGGAGGCCUAUGAAAUGCUACGGAAAGGUCGAGUUGGUAGCAGAGAGAGAGAGGCGCAGAUGCUGGCCCAGGGCUAUCCUGCCUACACCACGUCGUGCGCCUGGCUGGGGUACCCGGAUAACACCUUGAAGCAGCUCUGCUCCAGGGCCCUGCAGGAUGGCUGGACAAGGUUCAAAGUCAAGGUCGGGGCCGAUCUCCAGGAUGACAUCCGCAGAUGCCGCCUCAUCCGAGACAUGAUCGGACCCGAGAAAACACUAAUGAUGGAUGCCAACCAACGCUGGGACGUGCCCGAAGCUGUGGAGUGGAUGGUCAAGCUGGCCGAGUUCAAGCCAUUGUGGAUUGAGGAGCCAACCUCCCCGGACGACAUCCUGGGCCACGCCACCAUUUCUAAGGCACUGGCCCCAUUAGGGAUUGGUGUUGCCACAGGAGAACAGUGCCACAAUAGAGUGAUGUUUAAGCAGCUCCUACAGGCCAAGGCCCUGCAGUUUCUCCAGAUUGACAGCUGCAGACUGGGGAGCGUCAAUGAGAGCCUCUCCGUGUUACUCAUGGCCCACAAGUUUGGAAUCCCUGUUUGCCCCCAUGCCGGCGGCGUUGGCCUCUGUGAGCUGGUGCAGCACCUGAUUAUAUUUGAUUACAUAGCUGUCUCUGCGAGCCUUGAAAACAGGAUGUGCGAAUAUGUUGAUCACCUGCACGAACAUUUCAAGUAUCCUGUGCUGAUCCAGAAAGCAUCUUAUAUGCCUCCUAAGGAUGCUGGCUACUCAACAGAAAUGAAAGAAUCGUCCGUGAAGGAACACCAGUUUCCAGGUGGAGCUGUUUGGAAGAAACUCCUUGCUGGCCGAGAAAACUAAGCAUUCAGCCCUAGCGCCUGUUUCCAAGUGAAAGGCCUCACCAGUUCUUGGGUAGGACUUUACAAAAGUAGGAGAAAAAUGAGUUCAACCAGAUUUAUCUCAGGAUAAAAGCGAACUUAUAUUUAAUCCAGAAUCCAAGGAGAUGACCUAUUAAUCUGCACUUAGAGAAUAAACAUGUUGCAUAACUUG